AGUCCAGUUUGCUUCAGCCUCUGCUGACACUUGGACUGCUGCAGCUUUCAGCUCAACUACGGCUUCAAAAUGAAAGUAGCGGCCUUCAAUGUGAAGAACCUGGGGCUUAAAAAAGUCUCAGACAGCUUCGUCUCCGAUCAUCUUAUCCAGAUCAUCUCUCGGUACAGCGUGGUGGUGAUACUGGAGGUUGUGGAUAAAGACAACAAAGCUAAGAAGAUGCUGCUUGAGAAACUCAACAAAACUUCGGAACAUUCCUAUGAAAUGGCCUACAGCUCCAGUCUGGGUCGAGACACCUACAAGGAGCAGUUUGUUUAUUUCUACAGAAGAGACGAGGUGGAGCUGGUGAAGAAUUAUCAGUACAAAGACAAUCAGCCUGGAGACGAAGACGCUUUUGCCAGGGAGCCCUACAUCCUGCACUUCAGGUGUCUCAACACAGUUUUGAAGGACCUGGUUCUGAUCCCAGUCCACACCAAGCCUGAGGACGCUAAGAAGGAAGUGGAUGAGCUCUAUGAUGUGGUGGAGGAGAUCAGGAAGGAAUGGAAGAUUGAUAAUAUUAUGAUUUUAGGAGACUUCAAUGCAGAUGGUCGAUAUCUUUCAGAGAAGAAGAAAGGCUCACUGCGCAUCUGCAGUGAACCUUUUCGGUGGCUGAUCGACGACAGCGUCGACACAACAACCAGUAACUGCAACGACAACACCUACGACAGGAUUGUGGUGUAUGGAAGUGAUAUGCUGAAAGCCAUCGUACCCAACUCUGCCAGGGCUUUGAACUUUCAGAAAGAGUUCAGUCUGACUGAUAAAGACGCUCUUCGAAUCAGUGAUCAUUAUCCUGUAGAGGUGGAGCUACAGGUGGAGCUGAAAACUAAACCGGAGUCAAAGACUAAAAGUCCAAACAAAGGACCCCAGAAGAAUGCAGGAGCUAAAAGGAAGCCAGAACAAAACUCUGAAGCCAAGACGUCAGCAAAGAGAAGAUAA